AUUUUAAAGGUACUCAGUGCUCAUCGAGUCGUCAGUGUCGAAGAGGAUAUUUCUGUUGGAAUGGCUACUGCACCGCAGGUAGUCAGUGCUCAUCUUAUCGACAGUGUCCAAUUGGAUAUUUCUGUUGGAAUGGCUACUGCACCGCAGCUGGUGGAUGCUUAUCAAAACGACGUUGUCCAAGAAGAUAUGUCUGUGCUCAUUGGCGCUGGAUUCGAACUGCCAUUCCAUGUUAUAAUGGCUUUUGUCCUAUUGGAUAUGCUUGCAGAAAAAUUUAUUGCGUCCCUUCAGGAAAGAGACGUGUAUAGUGAAAAAACGAAUGAUUUAAUGUAUAUUUGUCAACCUGUAGAAACGGUUUGCUCUACUAUUCAAGAUCAGAAAGCACUUGAGUCCCCGCACUUUUCGUCCUCUUUCCUCGUUCUUAGAAAACUAGAAAGGGCUGAUGAACUUGAUCAGUUUGAUAAAGCGGCGCCCAGCAGACCAUUUCUGCCAGGAGAUCAGUACUGCAGAAAUUUUUAUCUUGUUGAUUUAAGUCCCGCUCAAGGUCUUCAUAACGGUCAGUACUAUAACUGCGAGGAAGAGAUUCGUCGGUAUCGGUUUUUACAACGUUUUUUUUUUGGAACAGAUGUAUAA